ACGGUACGGUACGGUAGGUGGCAGUAUGAAGCUGUAAUGGUGGACUGGAGGUGAGGAAACGGAAAAAGAACGAACCGACGAAGAAGAAGAGGAGAGGAGCUGACCGCUGUUCGUGCUGUGACGAUGGACUGCUGAUGGGACCGGCUGCAGAGUCCACGAGACCAGUGACGUCAGCCAUGUCUGUCAACUCCUUCCUGCGAUAUAGCAUCAGGCUGGAAAGGAGACACGUGGCCACACGUUUAGUCCAGCAGAGAGCUCUGUCAGGGGCAGAUGCUGUCAAUGCACUCAGACCCUUUUAUUUUGCAGUACAUCCUGACUUCUUUGGCCAGUAUCCCAGGGAACGGGAAGUGAAUGAGAAUUCAUUAAAGAGGCUAAAUGGCUAUCUGGACAACUUGCAGAAGCCUGGCUCACAGUCAGUUCAGCCAAUGAAGCUCACCUUUUAUGUCAGGGACACAAAGGACAGCAGUGAUGUGCAGCCAGACCUUCUCACUUCAGGGUUCCGUUCCGUGAGUUUCACCCUGCACACAAAUGACGUCUUGAGCACAGUGAUGAAUGUCUUGAAGUCCUGCAGAUUGCCUAUGGAGCACAUGAGGGGACUGACAGCAAGGGCAGAGAUAUCUAAAAGUCCACCUGAGGCAGGGGUCCCUUUCUACAGACCCAUAAAAUGGGAUAAGAGCUACUACACCUUCACAGGUUUCAGAGACCCUGAGCAGGAGCUGCAGGCGGCCAGGAGAGCGGACCCUACACUCAGCUUGUGGCUCAGAAACAAUGAGCCCGAGGCAACCAAGAAGCACACUGCUAGUCUUCCUCGGAGAGAAGAGCUGAUCAGACUGAAGAAGGAGCUGUGUCACAAAUUUGAUCUGGCUGAUAUCAGGUGGCAGCGCAGCUGGGGAGUGGCCCACAGGUGCUGUCAGCUUCAGAGUCUGAGCAGACUGUCUCAGCAGAACCCAGAGGCCCUGAUCAACCUGCAAGGACACACUGUUGUGUUUGCUGACCAGUCAGGGAUGAACGCCUCUGGACACGUCAUGCUGGGAACCAUGGAUGUUCAUCAUCAGUGGACCAAAUUGUUUGAGCAGGUGUCCAGCUAUCGCAGCCUGCAGCAGCAGACAGACUGGCUGAAGGAGAGGAUCAGUCUUCUCCUGGGUGGAGCUCAAGUGAUCCAUGUGGAGAGGCUGGGACCCGUCCAGCCCAUCACAGAGCACUACAGCACCCUCAAUACGUUCCACAAGAGCCUGAUGUCCCGAUGCCUUCGCCUGCACCCCAGGAGCCUGCAGGGGCUCACCAUGUUGUUGGAAAAUGACCGCACUAGCCCCAGUCUUCAUGAGAUGGGGCACUUCAUUAUCCCUACCAACUGUGACUUUCCUAAGCUGCAGGUCUUCCUACAAAGCCACGCCCAUGAGGCCAGACAGCGCACAGAGCGCAAAAAGCAACUGCAGGUGGAGGAGGAGGCUGUGGUGAAGCAGUGUCUCCAGAAUCUGUCUCUCAGGAGUCUGUCCAAGGAGCCCAGUGUCAGCUCCAGCCAGAUGAUCUUUUGCUGUAGGAGACUGGUGGAUCUGAGUUCACCUCUCAUGCAGGGCCUCCAUAUCUGUAUAUCUCACUUCUACUCAGUUAUGCAGGAUGGGGACCUGUGUGUCCCUUGGGACUGGAAGAGCUGAACGAGUUGCAGGAUUCUCAGGAAGUCUGAAGAAGAAAGACACAUUUUUAGAAGUUCAGUGUUGUUCAGGCAGUAAAUAGCUAUGUUUCACAGGAUUUGUUAGAUGUCUGGUGGUAACAACAGACUUCAGAUCUGUUAGAUCUUGAGGGAAACCUUUGAUGACCAGUGGGGUCUCAAUAGGGAACACUUUAUCCUGUUGCUAAAGAAGUCAAAUAGAAGAAGAAUCGAAGAACAGCAGAGCUCAAAGGUUUCCAACCUACAGGAAGAAUAUAUAAAAAAACAUUAUGUUUAAUUAGAUUUUUGUCAAAUGUUACAAUUUCUUCUAAAAUACUGGAGAACUUAAUAGACUAAAUAGCCUUUGGUUGAAAGACAGAUAGAUGAUGUGGGCUAGCAUUACUUGGCCAUUAACAGUCACAAGCCAAACGUGGACCUAUGACAGAGGCGAAGUCAGUAUUUUUUGUUGCUGUGUGAAGUUCACUGAUAAAGAAUGAAACUGUUGGAAAUAAAUGUAAUACACUAAAUCAUACACACUGAACCUUUAAAUAAUGGUUCUGCUAAAGCCACAAACUGUGACCCAAAUGUAAGCUAAAAUAAUCAUUGAACCACCAAAAUUCAGCACAGAACCUAUCACUCUAAAUCUGAUGACAGUCAAGCUGCUGUUGUGAAGUAAAAAAGAAAAGCUUGCUGUCUUAGAGGGGUGAGAUGCAUUUAACUGUAAAUCUGGAAAUAAAAGCACACUUUAGUCUGUCCUUGAAGCAUUCAUGGAGUCACACUGUAAAAAAUUAAAAUAAUAGUGUGUUCUCACCUCCGCUACCCCGUCACUGUCACCCUUAAAUGAUCAAUACUGUAGUUGUAUCAAGUUCUGAUGUUCAUGACUCACGGCUCAUGACUUCAGCACACAAUCCAGGAACAUUAAUAAAGACAUUAAUAAAGUCACAUGUGAUCAGUGUAUGAUUGUUGCUUGUUUUACUGGAUGGAGCUGCUUUGGUUAUGGACCCACUCAUCAUUUGAAACAAUCUUACUGUUACACACAUGGGGAGUUGGAGUACUCUGUUGAUCUACAUUUGAACUUUGUAAAGGUACUUUAGCUGUGAAACAGAUGGUUCAAAUAAAAAUGUUCAUUUCUGA